AUGGACGAUCACGGCAAUCACGGCAAUCACGCUAAUCACGCCAAUCACACUGGACAACGACGCUCACGCAGAAUAAGCCUGUCUGCUCCGCCAGCCACUCCCAGCAGGACUGAGCGGAGUAGAGGCAGAAGUAUUGGGUUUUAUGUGGUGCAAGUGCUGCUGAUACUCCCACUGCAAUUUGUUAGCGUGUACAGCGUUGUCUACGUGAUUGCUAUGUGUUUUCCAUCGAUGGCUCCCCAGCGCAGUCUAUUGAUGGACAUAUACGCCCCACUAGAGCUCUUAUUCUACGCUUGGAUGUUCCUCUCCCACCGCCACAUCCAGCGCAUUUCUCUCCCGCCGCCCCACUUCACUCCCACUUUUGCCAAAGACGUCUUUAUACGGAUUCUCACCGAUUUCAAAGCAGCAGACACGCGCCGCAUCUCUGAGUGGGAGGAAUGUGAUGGUGUUACAGACACGGCAGAUCCUGCAGAUCCUGCAGAUCCUCUAUCCGACGCCGCUGCCGACAUGUCACGUCACCGAAGCCAAGACCACGACCAAGACCGUGACGAGCAUGCGCACCUCGAGCACCACCUGCCCAAUUUGCCCUACGACGACCCCAAAGCCUUCGACUUCCGCGAGAAGGUGCGCACAUGGUUCAGCAUGGCAGAAUGGGGUGCUAUCACGCACACGGACAUGCUCACAUGGCUGAGCUGGUCGAUGCUAGGUGUGCCACUAUCACACCGCAACGUGCCCUUUCUGGAGGAAUGCGCGAGGCUGGUGGAGCGACGCACCGGGCACGCGUUCCCGCUUGAGAGAACCCCAGGCUUGGCGCGUCCCACUAUCAUCAGACUUAAUAUCGACCCCGUGCGCACUAGGCACCGCCCACUCGCUUUCUAUAUCCUCCUCGCUGCGGCUCACUACCUCACUAUCGCUCUCCUCCGCUGGCGAUACCACGCGGGUGUGUGGAUCGAGCGCGGCGUGGAGUAUGUUGUGCGCGAGGGCAGAGUGAGCGUGGACAAGAAGGAUGAGGACGGAGGCGGUCGCAACGACGCUGAAAUCAACAGCAACGAAACACCCAUCACUCUCAUGCACGGGCUGGGAUUCGGGCUGCCGCACUAUGCGCGCACAUUCGCAUAUCUCGCCGACAAGUUCCCUCAGCGGACGGUAGUCAUGCCGCUGAACCCGUCUACGUCAAUGCGAGUGUUCAGUGGGCGUUACUUGCGACCUAUAACGCGAGAGGAGGCUAGUGAGGGGUUAAAUGGGGUGUUGCGACGUGUUGGAGCGACCAGUACGGAUAUAGUAUCGCAUUCGUUCGGCACAAUAGCACACACGCAUAUACUCAAAGACGCGCCGGGGCUCGUGCGCAAGAGCGUCUUACUCGACCCAGUCACUUUCUGCCUGUGGGAGGGCGACCUCUGCUACCGCUUCCUGUACAGAGUGCCGCAGACAGCGAUGGAGCUGCUAAUGCACUACUUCGUCGCUACUGAGACGGGGCUCGCUAAUACCCUCCAACGAAGUUUCAGUUGGUCUUGUAACCUCCUCUGGCCGCACGAGUUGGAGCGUGGCGCUACUAAGAUCUUUCUUGGCGGGGAAGACGCCGUUUUCGACAGCGCAAGAGUCUAUGCUUAUCUUAAAAGACACGGCUUGCAGGAUGGACGCAGCCUGCAUUUUUUAGACGGCUAUAGACACGGUGAAUGCCUUCUCAGACAAAAUGGCACGCUUGAUGUCGUUUGCGAGUUUUUGAAGGGCGCGUAG